UAGACCUAACUUCUAGACCUAACUUCUAAACCUAACUUGUAAACUUAACUUGUAAACCUAACUUCAAUGAUGUUGCUGGCUUUAUGUUUAUUGCUUAACACCGUGACUGUGCCUCUGAUCUAUGGCACCACCUAUGAGAACACGAUGGCGAUCUUCAAAGACAAACUUGGCAGUGACAACUACCACACAGAGGUCAGGCCCAUCAAGAACCAGAACAAUGUUCUAAGGGUGUACGUGGAGUUCCAGAUAGUGGCCAUAGUCAAAGUGGACGAGAUCUCCCAAAGUUUUACUUCCAAUGGUUUCGUUUACUUCAUUUGGACAGAUGAGAUGGUGGCUUGGGACCCCAAUAAUUACGGAGGUCAAAUACUAAUCCAUCCACUACCAGAAGAUAUUUGGAGACCAAGGGUUGUUCUGCGUAAUACACUUGGAGAUAGAGAUAUUUUUGAUGACAAUAAGGCACCGGUCUUUGUGACAUGUUUAGGCCAAGUCAACUGGGUCCCAGGCAGCCUCUUCCCAGCAUCCUGUGAACUUGAUAUGACCAGCUACCCAUUUGAUACGCAGACCUGUGCGAUACGGCUGGUGGCUAUGUCAGUGUCCAGCGAUGAGAUGCAGUUCUACAGCGAGCCCGGUGCCAAAGUUGGAAAAGAUUUCUUCACUUCCAACGGCGAAUGGGAGCUCAUUGACUCCAGCACCGUCAUCUCAAACCUCUCUGCUGGAGGCACGAACCUCUCAUCUGUGGAUUUUCACCUGGUCCUACGGCGACGUCCCUACUUCCUCUUGUUAAACAUCGUCCUGCCUGUUGUGUUUCUGUCCUUUCUGAACAUCCUGGUCUUUAGUAUACCCGUGGAAUCGGGUGAGAAAGUCGGUUACGGUAUUACUGUUCUGCUGGCCCUGUCAGUAUUUAUGAGUAUCAUCAGUGGAAUGCUGCCUAGGUCAUCAACUCUCCCCAGAGUGACCAUUUACCUGUUUAUAUUGCUGGCCAUCUCAGUGCUGACAGUAGUGGACAGUAUCAUUAUAGUUUACAUCUACCAUAAGGAAGAGAAAGAAGAAAAACAUUUAAAAGCUAAGAAAGGAUUUCAAACUGUCUUCACUAAGAUCAAGCAUUUACACCGAGCUGAGGCUCCCUUGGAGUCAGCUAAUAAAAUUCCACCAAAACUACAAUUAGCUCCAAACAACCCAGAUAAAGUUCUAAGAACCCAGACCAGUUUUGCAGUUUCCUCUGUGCCAGACCCACCUACUUACAAGGAAAAUCAGGAUUAUACGGGAGAUAACUUCAACAGAAACAAGUACAAGCUGAUCGGGAAGUAUGUUGACUUGGUUUCUUUUAUACUUUUCUUUCUUUUGUGGUUGUCAGUUACGGUUGCCUUCAUGAUAGACAUUGCUUUUUGA